GUCCGGGAGGGUUUGGAUGGACGGCGGCCGGACGCUCUGCUGCUUCGCCUCAUAGUCGUCCUCCAGCUGCCAGUGAUGGGUGCCUUGGCCCUGGCUGUGUUCGUAACGCUGUCGUCUUGUGUGUCGGUGUGCUGCUCCGGGAACACACACUCCGCUGAAGAGACGCUUCGGAUGGAAAAGAAACCUCAAGCUGCUGCCGUCAAGGAGCUCCAGACUUCAGAAUGUGAAGAAGCAACACAUGACCAUGAAGCUCUGGCUCAGAUCCUGGAAACAAACCCGGAGGAACCUGCAGAAGAAGCCGCAGGAAGCGCCACGUGUGGUGAAGAUGAUGAGGAAGAGGACGGCUUCAGCCCCUCUGAGGCCCACAGGAGAGACCUGGACCCCUGCUUCCACUACACAGUCCUGGACCAGGCCUGGCGCGCCACCAACUCCUCCACGAAGAGCAAAAUGUGUGACCGCCACGUCAAAUGGGCAGGCUGGUACCGCCUCUUCUACAACGGCAGGAGUCUGCAGAUGCCCGAACGCUGCGUGCCCGUCAACAAGUGCGGCACUCACGCCCCCCUGUGGCUGGCCGGGCCCCACCCCAGGAGGAGGGACGGCGUCGUCACCCGCAACGUCUGCGGCCACUGGAAGGACAAGUGCUGCGCCUUCCUGUCCACCCCCAUCCAGGUGAAGAAGUGUCCGGGGAACUACUACGUCUACAAGUUCACCAUGCCCUCCACCUGCUACCUGGCCUACUGCGCAGAUGUCAACACGUUGGUGUGUGGCCAAUGCUCCAAAUACGAGUUGUGUGUCAGUCGAGAUAAGAUCAACUGGAGAUGUAAGAAGAAAAACACAAUUCCCAUGAAGGUCCACUUCUUCGCCUCCUUCCCCGCUCCGCUCACCGGCAAAGUGAAGAGGAUCAAAUACAGCCGAGUGCUGGUCAACACGGGGCGCGCCUUCAACAGGUGGAGCGGCGUGUUCCGGGCGCCGGUCAGGGGCGUGUACCAGUUCUUCUUCUCCACCCAGGCGUCGGGCGCCGGGCUGAAGACCGACCUGUGGCUGGUGGUGAACGACUACUGGGUGGCCGUGUCGCGCACCCUGCUGCCCCGGGCCUCCAGCGCCGGCAGCCUCAGCACCUACAUGACCCUCCUGAACCGCGGCGCCGUGGUCUACGUCACGCAGGACGGCGGCCAGUCCUGGGCCGACGCCGCCUCCGUCACCAUCACGUUCGGCGGCUCGCUGCUGGUGCAGUGGAGGGAAUCGGAGUGAAGCUUCCUCACGGGUCGAUGAUUCAUCAUCAGUAUGGAGGAGAGGAGGAAUUGAAUUUAAUGGAUCAAACUGAUGCUUUGUUUUAAUGUUGACAUGAACUUGAUUCAUGAUAAUGAGGUGAAUGGAAACAGGUUGUCCAGAAUUAUUUUUCUUUCUGUAUUAUUUUGAAUUUCUGUUCGGUGAUCAUCCAAGAAGAGUUGAAGACACUGCACAGAACUAAAAAACUCAAUCUUUGUGUGUAUUAGAAAUAGGGAAAAUCCAGAACAGGUCAGAGAAAUGAGCCGAACGACGCUGCUCUGCUGUUUUAUCUACAGACUGUAAUUGCACCUAUUUUACACAAGGUGGCGCACAAACCUCACUGAGUCUGCCGGAAGUUAGUUUCCAUCAGCAGCUUCAAGGAUGUGAAGAUCAAACUAAACUUUUCACACAAAUUCAGUAUUUCAACUGAAAACUUCAGUUUAUAGUGAAAUUCCUCUUUUCUUUCAUCUGCAUUCAUAUCUGUUUCUGUUCUUAGGAGCAAACCGGCGCUGCACAGGUGUGCAGUGGUUUGCUCUAACAGGUCCCUGGUUUGAAUCCACGGUGAAUUUAUGGGCCCUUCUGUGUGAAGCGUGAAGGUUUCCUCUGGUUAUUCUGGAGGCUUCCAGCAGUGUAAAACCAGUUAAUUUGAGACUGUGCAUGGUGCGCACAAAAUAUGUUCUUACAUCCUCCCCUGCAAUUAAAAUGUUUAUUUUUGCAUUUCAAAUACCGAGAAAACAAUUAUAUUUAAAAAAAAAAAUGACCUGCUGGACAAAAACAACAGGAGAAAGAAACUGUUUUCAUAAACAAGCAGAAGAUGGUUUAUUAAAAGAACACAGUUUGACAUAAAUGAGUAUUUGUUUCUUUUACAACAAA